AUGGGCCUGAAGCGCACUGCCACCUCUUGCAGCUUGGUAACCGAGUUGCUUCAGAGACUCCUCGAUCGGGGCGCAAAGACACGAUUAAUAAUUUGUAGCACCAAAGCCGAAUUUCUCAUACAGCUCGCUUGUGCUAUUCGGUCACAGGAUGAAGACUUUCACGCCAUACAUGAAAAUGACCUGCUCGCCAGGACUAUCGGUGUUUUAGCAAACUCCAGCAAUAUUCAGUUGGGGUUUUGUCCAUCACUAGAGAGUCUUCGAGCGUAUCUGUCGGUUGAUCAUGCGCAUGGCACUGGUAGGAGCUAUGAGCUGAAAUCUGCGAGACAACCCAAGGAACCCCUCCUCGUCAUCUUGGAUAUGGUCGCUUUGCAUUCCACAACCACGGAAUUCUCGGCCCAGGGGCUCUCUCGGACUUUCGCCGCCGCAGUUGAGUUCGCGGCUGAGUCGUUCACGGAUUUGAUUAUUUACGAGUGCAAAAAUGCCAUGGACCUGGUGAGCACGAACAAAGGAGCUAGCUUGUGGGACACCAAGGUACCUUUUCUCAAUGGCUCUGUACGACUCCGCAGCGAACAAGACAAAUUGGGUGGCCGUGCUGUGACUGUGAGAGAAAUCGCCCAGCGAUGGUUUGAAUUUGGUUCUGGGCUGGACGCUUGA